AUGACCACGGCUCCGUCAGAUGAUUAUCAAAUAAUCGAUGAUAAUCAGGGAAACGACGAGAAUGAAUUUGACAGUGAUUCAUCAAAUGAAUGUCCGUUUAAUCCCGAUAUCGCUUCAAAACUUAGUGCAGCAUUUGCUAAAGCAACUGGCAUUGAAAUUGAAUUCGCUGUUCAAUUACUUAAAGAUCAUGAAUGGAAUAUUGAUCUAGCUUUAAAAGCGACCUAUGAAGCUAAAGAACAUAUCAAAUCAAUCAUGGCUACCAAACAAGAUUGGAAAGAUUCAAAAGGAGAAUAUUUUAAAAUUCUCUCGUGGAAUACCGACACAACAGAUAGUGAUGAAGUUGAAAUCAAUGAUUUAAUCGAACAACGAACAGAAACGAUGAUUGAAAUUUUACUUCGAGAAAAGCCGGAUAUAAUUCUUUUACAACAAGUUGGAACGAUUGCUUUAACAUUAAUCAUAACAUCUCUUUCAUCGUUAUAUGAUGAUGAAUCAAUUCAAAUUGAUUCACCGACGAAUACGAAUUAUGUAUCGAUUUUUACACUCAAGUCAAAUGUAGAAAAGAAAAAUGUAUCAACUAUUCAAAAUUCAGAAAAUUGGAAAAUGCUUAAAGUUGAAAUUGAAUAUAAAAAUUCAAUUCGUAUGGACUUAUUCAAUGCUUUUAUUGAUGAAAAUACAUAUUCAUUUUGUUUCGAACAAAUUAAUCAGAACAAUCCAAAUCAUAUUGUCCUAUUCGGUAUAAGUAGUCAAAUUUCAGAUACUUGUUGGGAUUCUAAAGCAAUUAAUCUCAAUGACUUGUGGGAAAAAACGGACCAACGACCUGAAGCAACAUAUACAUUUGAUCCUGAAUUAAAUUCGAAUAUCACUGAAAAACACGGACCUCAACGUUAUGAUCGAAUUUUCUUUCGAUCGCCAACAUCGAUGAAUAAUCAAUUGAAACCUGUUCACAUGGAAUUAGAGGGCAUUCAACGUAUUAAAACAUCAGAUAUUCUUUUCCCAUCGAAGCAUUGGGCAAUUCAAGGUUAUUUCGAUAUCGAGAAUUAA